AUGUCCAACAGAGAUGCGAACGAAGCGCAUAUGAAGCAAAAGCGUGCCAGGUCACAACUCAGCUGUACAGCUUGCCGCCAGGGAAAACUACGAUGUAACCGGGCGACGCCAUGCGAUCAAUGUACGAAGCGAAGCAAAGAAUCAGCAUGCUGCUAUUUGCCUCCAAAAACAAAGUCCAAAGGUCCACAAGAUGUCAAAAGUCGGAUACAUCAUCUCGAACAGCUCGUAGUCGAUUUGAUGAAUUCAAGAUCAUCAAAUGGUAACGAUACUACGACCAGCAGUGGAGAAUCGAACAACACUGCUCCAGAGAAAACUCAAUCUGAGGUGACUCCACCCUACAGCGAAGAUGGCAAUUCACCAAAGAAGCAACAUCAACAUGAAGCACCUCAACAACUAGAAUCAUUCGGACAUUUACGAAUCAGUAGGGAUGAGACCAGCUACUUUGGAUCGUCUCACUGGGCCACAAUCUUGAACAGUAUCUGUGAACUGAAACGAGACCUUGAAGACUCUGGCGACGAGGCUUCAGACGACGACUUCGAUGCAUGGCGCAACGAGGAACCGUUGAAUGUUUACGAUGAAAAAUUGCCUGGCCUUUUACGCUCACCUCGCCGAGUUACAAAAGCCGAAUUACUGUCAUACAUGCCACAGAAAGUCGAAGCAGAUGCACUGGUUUCACUCUGGUUCAGAGUACCACAUCCUUACAAGGCAAUAGUUCACGCCCCUCAAUUCCAACAUGAAUACCGACAGUUCUGGCGAUUACCAACUAGCGCGCCAGUGAUGUGGUUGGGCGUGCUGUAUGGAAUGCUCGGCAUGGCAAGUCUGUUCAAAUUACGUGCUCUAAGAAACCCCAACACUCCAGACGUCCGGGCCACUAUUAGGAAAGCCGACCUUUACCAAGAACUAGCGGCAUCGGCGGCUGUGCUGGGAAACUAUCUGAAACCGAAAACGUACACGAUAGAGUGUUUGAUACUCCAUGCUGGGGGUAGCAUGAAUAACAAUUCUAAUGAGGUUUGGCUUCUCAUGGGCAUCGUUUUCAGGUUGGCUCUUCGUAUGGGUUACCAUCGAGAUCCAAGUCACUACAGUAACAUCUCAGUACUCGCAGGAGAGAUGCGACGAAGGGUCUGGUAUUUACUAUACAUGUUCGACACCCUUGGAUCUUUCCAGCUCGGUCUACCUGCUAUGCUGCGUGCAGUGCAAAGUGACACUCAGCCUCCACACAAUCUCUUCGAUCAAGACUUCUCCAUACACAGCAAGACCCUACCGCCACCAAGGCCCGUCGAACAACUCACCCCUUCGGCUUACGGUGCUAGCAAGACCAGACUGGUUCAGGUAUUUGCUUUGGCAGCGGACAUGUCGCAUGCAACAAAACCUCCCUCAUAUCUCGAAGUGAUGGAGCUUGAUAAGAGACUGAAUGCGACAAAAGCAUCCAUACCCCAUGGGCUCCAAUACAAAGACCUGGAACAAUGCCUUACAGAGGAUCCGGAGUCACUGAUGUGUCGGUUCGGUCUUGAUUUGGUUUAUCUAAAAGCCAAGAUACAUCAUCGGACAAUAUAUCGGGCAUCCCGCCCCGGCGGGCAGCUCGAGAGUAUCUCGUGGUACAUGUGCUUCAUGGGUACAUACGACUUCCUGCUUGCAAGCAUAAUCAUAUGCCUGGAGCUAGCGCGCCAACUCAAUGAACAACCUGAUCCGGAAACCGACAAGAUCGCUACACGUGAAGAUAUGGUAGCAGCACUUGAAGCAUCAAAGAAAGUCUGGGAGGAAGCGGGCGAGGCUGAUUUCGAGCUUGCACUUGGAUCAGACAGAUCAGGCCAGACGAUCGAAAAUGCCGCCGUGGCAGAGAUCAGGAAGGCGUGCAAAGCAAUGACGAUAAUGCUGGAGAAGGUAAAGCUGGACAAACGUAGUGACGUCGCACCUCCAGUCUUGCAAGACACAGGUUUUACAAAGAUGUCGAUGCCCGAGGAGCUGAUGACAACGUCUGUUGCCCUACCCACGAAUAAUGGCUGGUCAGCAACAAAUCAAUGGGGCCCCCAAGACGACUUUUUGAACCUAGACAAUAUGAUAGACGUAUCCAACGACAUUAACUGGGUAAGUGAGACAACAUCACACAAUCGGUCUUAUAUGUAA